AUGCUCUAUGUUUUUGAGCUAGCCUGGGGCGUGCCGCAUGAACCAGAGAAAUUUGUGCAAGAAGCGGUAACAGCAGGUCACCCAUCUCAAUAUGAAUCCUUUUUGCCGAAGAUUCUCCAUCAAGCCCUUGAAGCGCACAAAGCCCUGAGCGACGCUGAGCUAGUUAAGUUAAGAUUGAAGUGGGUUAAGAAAUGGACUGAAAGAUCCCAGACUCUAGAGCUCAGAGCCUCGGAAAGAGACCUUAAAGCUAGCCUCCCGCAACAUGCAAAGACCAUCCUAAAGGAUAAGAAGAUUGCCUUGUGGAAGGAAAUGCUCGAAGAUCUUCAGUACGAAGAUAUGGGAGUAGUGGAUGAGUUGGUAGAGGGCACAAAACUCCUAGGUGAAGUUCCGCUAACCAAUGUUUUUCCGCAGCACUUCAAGCCCGCAGAGUUUUCAGUAGAAGACGCAAAACAGGAGUCUCAGACCCUAAGAGAAGUUGUUCUUAAAAAGACUAGAUCCUCAGGAGAUAGAGACUUGGAUGCAGAGGUCUUUGAGAAAACCAUAGAGGAAGUGAGUAAAGGUUGGCUGGCGGGGCCCAUGGAGCUUAGCUCCCUUCCAGAGCCCUCUCUGAUAGGUCGACGAUUCGGCUUGAAGCAAGGUCCAAAAACCCGCUUGAUCGAUGACUUGACUGUAGGAGGCCAGAAUGGAACGGUCCAGAGCAAUGAAUCGCCCAAGCCCCAAGGACCAGAUGUCAUUGCUGCAAUAUUAAUAGGCCUCAUGAAAGUGCUACCGGGUGAAUCCGUGGAAGGCCGUGCUUACGACCUCAAGUCGGCGUAUAAACAGCUGGCAAUUUGUGAAAGUGAUCUAUGGGCAGCCUUUGUUUCCUGCUUUAACCCCAAGACCAAGUCACCUUCCAUCUUUCAAUUAAAGGCGGUCCCGUUUGGAGCAACGAGAGCUGUCUAUUGGUUCUUAAGGGUGGUAAGGUCAAUAUGGUAUAUCGGUGUAGUGGGGCUGAAGCUACCUUGGUCCUGCUUCUUCGACGACUUUGUGGUCUUCUCUAAGCAAGGCAUGGUUAAAUCCACUGACGCUGCAGUCACCGCCUUGUUCCGUUUGAUUGGCUGGAAAUUUGCCGAAGAAGGCGAAAAGUGUCAGCAGUUCUCAUCCGAGGUGUCAGCGCUAGGCAUAAAAGUUUGUUUAAAAGACUUUAGCAGAGGCAAGGUAUACUUCGACAACACAGAAAAGCGCAAGCAAGACUUGUCAGACUUAAUCCAAGAGACCUUGAAGUCCAAAAAUGUGACGCAGAAAGAAGGUCAGGUGUUGAGGGGCAAGCUACAAUUUGCAGACUCUCAGGUGUAUGGUCGGUUGAGUAAGUUGUGCCUAGCUGAAGUUUCAAAACUUUGCGCCAGUGGUGGCAAAGCCCUGGACGGGCAAGCAGAAAUGGCCCUCAAAAGGUUUUUGGGUUUCCUGAGCUCCGGAAAGCCUAGAGUCUUGUCGUGUCAUACAGAUAGACCAUUCUUCUUGUUUACUGAUGCAUGCUUUGAACCCACUAGCCCAUUCUGGGCAUGCGGAUUGGGGGGCGUCUUGGUGAAUGACCAAGGCAUUCUGUUAGAGUUCUUUUCAUGCUCUUUAUCGGACGAGGAGAUGAAAAAACUUGGAAGUGAAUCCAAGAAGAGCAUCAUAUUCGAAGCUGAGCUUCUUGCCUUGAUCGUUGCAAUGUACCGCUGGUCGAGCGUGUUGAAAUCAGCUUCGUGCGUGUGCUAUAUUGAUAACAAUGCGGUGAGGGACGUAGCAAUAAGCGGACGAGCAAGGAAUGCAGCAGGUAUACAUCUUCUCGAGAGACUUUUGCAAGUCGAAAUGAGAUUGGGUGUGAAUGCUUGGUUCUGUAGAGUAGCCAGUGAGUCCAACAUAGCAGACUAUCCGUCCAGAAAUGAUCUAAGACUCUUCAAUGCGGUUCGACAAGUUGAGGUAAAACCGCUGAUAAGGCAGAUCUUAAAAGGUUUCGGAUAA